UCUGCUUUGUAUGUCCACGGCACUUUUAUACAAGCCCACUCUGUUUUCUCUUUUCCAGCCCUCUGUGAACUGUCCCUUGCCUCAUUGGUUCUCGCUUCAGAUCACGUGUAUGCUCUCGACGAAUCUUGGUUGCAAGCGAUGUCGAUCGUCACUCCACUUUGAACGUUGGGCGCGGAGAAAUUUCAAGAUGAUCAGUUUCUAAUAUCGCGCGCCUAAACUCCAGCCCAAUCUCUUGUCAAUGAAGGCAAAACCCGUGGAUUGCGAAACUGGUCAUUAAGAAAACCUGGCCUGGCACCAGGACAUCGAGUUUCAACCGACCCGCGUCGUGUUCUGGCAAGGCCGAUCGUGUUUCCUAGAGCUUUCAGGCUUCGGAUGAACUGUUCAAUUGUUCUUCGCCAUGGUACAGCAAGUCGCUGUAGCAUUGUAUGAUCGGGGUGACUUCUCUCGCGGGGACAAGCGGCGAGUCUUUGGCUAUGCGGCAUAUCACUGGGGUAUCAUCAUCAUGCCCGAUGGUCACGAGGAACGAGACUACCACGCCUUCUCUGCUACCGAUGUAUCCGAGAUCAAUCCAGUUACUUUUCGUAUGCACAACCCUACCAUGACUUGGUGGCUCCGAGCGGAGGAAAAUGUCAAGCCAGAUGAAAACGUCAAACCGCUUGGGUGUAUCGUUAUCGGAGAAGUGCCAGAGGAUGUCACGUUUGCCCAACUAGAUGACUUAUUUCAUUCUAUAUCUUUACCGGUAAAGAAUACGCAUCCGCAGCAAAGCUGUGUGACUUGGAUCAUGUAUGCCGUACAAGCCCUUCAGGAGCAAGGUUGGGUAAUGCAGUUUGAUCUUGACGAGUUCAAGGACCGGGUCGUCUCUUAUGCCGACGAAAGGAUGGAAGGAUCAAGCUCACAGGUCAUAUUCUAUCAAUCCUAGCAGUGUUUCUAUUUCUUUUUAUGCUGCCAGUAUACCCUCUCACUCCAGACUUCACCAGCUGGCUCUCACCCCACCCAGUAAGGGAUCUUUGGAAAGAUACAAGCCUCUUCUCCUACCCUUGAAGGCCGGUUUUGCUGUUGAACUUUGAUCGAGGGCUGUCACGCUGCAGAGCCGUCUCCAUGUCUCAAUCCAUACCCACUGCUUUCAAAUUGAGCAUUCAAUCAGCACCCUUGUAUGCCUCGGGGGUUUCUAUAGAGGCUGAUUCUGGCUUGAGAUGAGUUCAAUUUCUGACGAUUGGGCAAGGAAUAGUAUGUGAUCUACACUAGUGGGAUAUGAGACUGGCUGCUAUACAGCGGAGAAUAUCGAAGUCAUGAUGCAUGAAUCCCAGUUCAAAGUUAGCCCAGUAUUGACAAAGCAUUACCUAAUGUACACUUUCCUUGGCUUGUAGCAA